AUGUUUUACGGCGACGGUCUUUUGUUUUCCAGAUUUUCUUGCAAAUUUACAUAUAUUUUCUUUCUUCUCUCCCCCUCUCUCUCUCUCUCUUUAUGUGACUAUUUCUUUAAUAUCUAUCCCAUUCUCUUAAUAUCUAUCUAUCUAUGCAAAAAUGCACUCUUCCUGUCCCCACCGUUGUGCUCCCACACACCUCUUUCUAGCCACCCAUUUGUCUUCACCACCCAUCUCACCCGCAGUCCUCCCCAGCCAUUCUUAGCUAUCGUUCUUUCUUUUUCUUUCUUUCUUUCUUUCUUUCUUUCUUUCUUUCUUUCUUCUUUCUCUCACCCCUUUCUCUCUCUCUCUCUCUCUCUCUCUCUCUCUGAACCUUUUACCAUUCAUUUUCCUCUCUUUUUUUCGAUGAAGAUCUUUUCGUUCUUCAGAACCUAUCAACUCCCUUUCAUUAAUAACGUGACCAGCUUUUCUUUCUGCUCAGUUUUUGCCGUUUGCUUACAGACAGCAAUAUUCGGAAGCGCCAAAAAGAUUUUCUUUCCAAAUCUUUCUCUUUUUUUUCCCUUUCCUUCAUCUUAUUUUAUCCUUCUCCUUCCUUGUUUCCUCUUUCUCUAUUUCCCCCUUUUCAUUUUAUUUCAUAUUUUCUUCUCAUUUUUUAUUUUCUUCUUUUAUCUGCACCCAUUUUUUCUCCCUAAUUUAUUCUUUCUUUCUCGCUUUAUUUUACUUUUAAUUCCUUCUCCGUCACCCUCUUUGAUUUUUCCUUAA